AUGUGUUUUGCCAUGCCUGAGCAUACUUUGCGUGAGUAUAUUUUACGACUUGGUGGGCUGGAAAUUAGUGCCAAAGAAUGGCGUGCGUAUCUUCUUCAUUGCGAAGCCGUCCCGUAUCUCUUUAGAUUCCAGCCGCAUGGAAGAAUUCGUGACAUCUCGACUUACCGUGGCUCCAUCCAACUUCAUGCUUCAAGCUGGCCAAAGACGGAUCUUCCACCCUUCAAGGCGAUAGAUGCAGGGGAUGAACGUUUUUUGAAGAAACUCAUCAAAGGGAUGAGACUCUGCAUCGCUAUGGACGCGCUCUCAAGAAAAUACGACCAAUUUUUAGAUCAGAUAUGGCUACAUUCUGUCUUCUGGGACGUCGACAUUGAGACAUUCCUUACUUUGUUCAACGCCGAUGUCAAACAGGGUGAUGGAGUAGCGAGCAUGGUUGGACUAGGCUCGAUUUCCAAAGAAGAAGUUGAAGAUUUGAUACAGGUUUUGGCACCUAUUCGAUUAGUACUUACUUGGGCUCCAAAGGGCAUCAUCCGACGCUUACCACUAACUACUACGGAAUGCAAAGUACUCACCAGUGGAGGAACAAGCCUAAGAGACAUUGUUCUGCCCAAAGGUCGAUCACUGAUUGAUUGGGAUGCGGGAUAUGAGGCUUUGUGUGAGUGGGACGACGAGGAUAUGGAAACUAAUCUGGAAACGCUGGACCAGGGGGACACCGGCAUCACGUAUGCUGACGGCCGACACGAAAGCGCCAAGGAAUACGCGGCGCGUACCGAACCGCCGCCCGUCAAGACGCAAGCGCAGUUGGAAGCGGAAGAGUUUGCGCAGCAAGUCUUGGAUUUAGACACUUCGUCGUUUUGGGAGAUGUGGAAGGGGUUUCAUGCCGAGGGGACCCGGGAGGAUGCGCAGGAGGAAUUUUAUGAUUCGCUGCCGCAUCUUAAGUCGUUGGGGAAGGGUGGUGGUGAAGGUGGUGGUGGUGGUGCUGGUGGAGAGGGAAUGAAUGUGGAGAAUAUUAUGAAUGCUAUGGCGGCGGAGGGGAAUUGUCCGGAGAUGUGA